AUGCUGAUUCGUGUGACGGACCUUACGGAGGCAGACAUCCCGGGGGCCGUGAAAGCCGUACAGCAGGCUUUCAGUGGAGACCCGUACAACGCCUGGGUCUACGACCAGUCCAAGUUCAGCCCUGAAAGGAACUACGCCUCGCUUGCGCUCCGCAUGCGCUGGGGCAUGCGCAACGGCAUCUUCCACGUCGCCAAGGAGGAGGGCAGCGACGCGGUGCUGGGCGUCGCCAUGUGGCUGCUACCCAAGCCCGCGGGGGCGCCGCCGACGUGGACCGACUGGCUCGAGGGCUGGCGUCUGUGGCUCGGCCAGCUCAACUACAACCUGUGGUACGGACGGGGAGGGUUGAAUGUCAAGAGAUACUACAUCUGGAAAGACGCGCAGGCGAAAGCCCAGCGGGACCUCUGGACCGACCCGCGGGGCUACUACUUCCUCAACAUCAUGGUCGUCCUGCCCGAGGCGCAGGGGAAGGGCGUGGGGACCGCGAUGAUGAGGGCCGUGACGCGCCGGGCCGAUGCCGAAGGGGUAAAGUGCUACCUCGAGUCCAGCAGGGACGUGCCCAACACGGCCAUCUACGGGCGGUGGGGGUUCGUCGUCCAGAGAGACAUGGUCUGUGACGACGCUGGCGACGCGAUCCGGCUGUUCAGCAUGAUCCGGGAGCCGGGAGCCGCGCCCGGGGACGGGAGGGGACGGUCGUGA